UUAGCCUUCCCCGGCGGCCGCCAUGGUGCUGGAGAGCCUGGCUCGCAUCGUCAAGGUGCAGCUGCCCGCGUACCUCAAGCGCCUCCCUCUGCCCGAGAGCGUCAGCGGCUUCGUCCGCCUCACAGUUUCAGAAUGGCUGCGGUUAUUGCCUUUCCUCGGUGUGCUGGCUUUGCUUGGUUAUCUCGCUGUUCGGCCGUUUCUCCCCAAGAAGAAACAGCAAAAGGAUAGCUUGAUUAACCUCAAGAUCCAGAAGGAAAAUCCUAAAGUAGUGAAUGAAAUAAACAUUGAAGAUCUGUGCCUCACAAAAGCUUACUGCAGGUGUUGGCGUUCCAAGACCUUCCCUGUCUGUGAUGGCUCUCACAACAAGCACAAUGAAUUAACAGGAGAUAAUGUAGGUCCACUAAUACUAAAGAAGAAAGAAGUAUAGCAGAUACCUAAUCUAUUAGAUUAUGACUGAUUCAUCUUUUAUAUACUUGUAGUUGUAGGAGAUUACAUUUUAUUAUGUGAUUAGAUUGAUUUAGUCUAAYGAUUGCUGUAGAUCUCUUUUUGGGAUAAAUUCCAUUUAGACAGUGCUUGAUCUCACUGUUUUGAUACUUWAUUCUKWWMAGAAUWAAGUCUGCUGUGUAAAACAAAGUAAUUAUCUCUGUAAAUAAGUUGUUGAUUUCAAAAAUAAAAUGACUUCCUACAAUAAAGCCUUUUCUGUAUAAGCAUACAGUUAUAAAAAUGUCACUAUUUCUAAGUGACAGACCUGUACCUUUCUGGCUUUUUUUUUUUUGAUAGGUAGCCACUUUAUAAUUCUGGUUUUCAGGAACAAUUUCAAGUGUGGGAUAAUGUUACAGUUCCAGGCUGUAUAAGCUAAAUUACUGYACAGGUCAGUUCCCAACACUGUCACUCUCUUUCAAACCCCUAUGUUGAUUGUUAGAGUCCGAUUUACAGAUUGAGAUUUGUUCCUUACGUACUUUCCUCACACUGCAGAUACAUCUUCUUGUAGUAUUGUUCUGGAAGGAACUGGUUAAGUGACAGAGACAGAAGAGUGGAGUUGAGCUGGAGUCAUGGCUUGUUACUGGUUUACACAGAGCUUUGCUAUAGUACAGCUGAAUUUAAAGUGUGGGUACAUAAUUGUUACCCCAGCUAACAGCUAGGCUUUUAAUUAYGUCUUCUCAAGUGCUUUAUUCUGCAAUGAAGUACUACCCGUUUAAAAAUAAGUAGUUUGAUAUAUUGUUUAUACUACAAUUUUAGACAAUGGUACUAAGAAAGGGCUCAGCUGUUCUUUAACUCCAGUUCAAAUGAUUUGGUGGGAAGCCCCCAGAGCAGUCUGCAUUGCCUUWCUCCAGAGCUUAUUAACCCAGCCGAACAACAGAAACCAAGUCUUACUGCAACAGAAAGCAGUUCUCACAUCCUGGCUCUUACAGCACUGGAACUAACAGUAAACCUGACAGCAUUUGUAAGUGUUUGUAGGUAUCUAACAGUCUGUCUUUGCACCAAAAAAGGGCAGAUGAGGAUGUGAGUGUAUGUUAYAUGCAAGUAUUUCAUUGUACCAUGGUACAAGUCUUUGUUUUAAUGCUUUGUGUUGGUCUUAUCUUCAUGAAUGAGAACACACAUGAACAYUAUCUUAUUAGAACACUUAAAGUCCAUAAUGUUACCAGAUGUCUKAUACUGUAUUCAAAUACUACUUAGAGGUGCAUUAUAGCAAACACUAUCUAUAAACAGUACUCAGUGAACCCUUGUUAAAUCUUUAAAGCAAGUUUUGUAAUUGUAAUCUCUAASAGUAUUGAGUCCAAGCCCAAAUUCUUGGCUGUGCUAGAUGAAACAUACAACUGUUGAGACAAUGUUUUUGAGCUCUGCAAUCCCCAGCCUCCUGCAAGCCACUGUUGAUAUAUACAAGCCUGCAUGCAUUUCCAGCUUUUACCAGAGCGUUUGCAUUCAGAAAAAAAUUGAUUGUCCCACAUUUGUGAAUAAAAUGAGUCAAUCUUCUGUAUUCAAGUCCUUUGCUGUACUUGAACAACUUUGCUACAGCAGCACAAUAAAAUUGAUUUUGUUCCCCCUACCAACAAAGCUCCUCUAAAAGGGAAAUGACAGAUUGACCUCUUGAUUCCAUCUCUAACAGGGCCCCCUCUAACAGGGCUGAUUUUCUCUCCACUACUGCUAGAGGAGAGUGCUGCUAAACCAUCUACAAAGGUGGUUAUGAAACAAGUAGUUUGGGGGUUGUUUUUUUUCUAUAGGCAAGUGGAACACGUAUACAGUAGGUGCCUGCAACAGCAGUACUUAGUCACCAUUCCUUUCAGGAAGGACAUUUCAGUCAUUUGCACAAAUAAUAAAAUUAAAAUCACAGGAAAGAUAAUAACCAUUUCCUCGCAUUUCAAGGUCUGUGAAGGUAAUAUGUGCUCUCAUGGCUCUUACUGCAUUCAGAGAUUCCCAUCUUACCUAACAUAGGCCUGCUUCAACACCCUGCUAGGUGCAGAAAAGCUCCCUAUACAUCUGGUUUAUACAUGCUCUGGGGUUUAUUUUAAUAUCCUUGGCAGAACAAAUCAUUUAAUCUUCUGCAAAUGCCACCUGCAACUGUGCUAUAAAAACAAAGUAAAACAAAAGCUUAACAAGGCUGGUUGUAAUAUUUGCACUGCAGAAAACACAAACCAGGACUGCUGCUACUUUUGGUUACGAAGUCAGAUUUCUCUUUCUGCCUACCUGCCAGCUGGAAAUUGGCRUGCAGUAUGCUGAUGUCACAGCAGUGCUGCGGAGGGUAGCAAAGUGURCUCCAAGAUAAAGGAGAAAAUGCCACCAACAGCUACAGGCAUCACUCCUGUCCUUGUGCUCCCUCUGUCUUUGGAAGUAAAGCCUCUGUAACAACAGCUUUUGUCAAGUUAAUGAAACUUGCUCCAACAAUGACUUUGCAGCACCACACAGGAUGGGUUUGGCCGAUUGAUGCUGCAGGCAGCUUGGAUUCUUCAUCUGCAAGCCAUGCAUGGGACAUUUCAUUAUCAAGUUGAACACUGUGCUGAAGGGGAAGAAAACAAGCACAUUGCUGGAUCCUGUAACAGCCACGCUGUGCUUUGAAUGUGCAUCUGAAAUGCUCUUAUUUUGAUUGCAUAACAAGGUUAAGUAAUCAGUUAAUUUUUGAUUUCAUUUUAAGAUUCCAUCUCACACAAAGCAUUACUAAGCUGAUUGUAUUUCAGUUCUUACCCAUCACCACCAUCUUAAGGAAUGUGUCUGUGGAGCUCUCUCUCUCACUGAUAARAAUGGCUUUAGCUAGUUAUUCACAAGGAUCUGUC